AUGCACAUCCUGAAUCAACUCCCCGUAAUCGAUUACGCACUGAGCAACAGCGAGUGGGGCUUGACGUGUAAUCUCAUGGCAAGCCUUUCGAAUUUGAAGUAUCUCAAGCUCGUCAUCACUUCGGCAUCGCCUGGGGACUAUGACUAUGGCUCGCGCAAUGGCCCGCGCAAUGGCGAUGGCCCGCGCGAUACGCGCGAUUAUAGUUACUUUUUGGGACCUUUGGCUAUGCUUUCGAGACAAAGUAUGGACGUGGACAUACAUCUGAGGGGUAAUUACUUCUGGAAAAACUACCAAUACCGGAGUGCGGAGGGAGAAGCCAUAUGGACGGAUCUUGAUGGAGAAGGUGAUCUUUCCUCGUAUCUCGACAAUGUUUACUUAGCUGUGGAACAGUAUGGUGACUUGCUGGAUGACACCAUGUUUCUUGAUCACGAUGAUCCUAGGAUCGCGAAAUAUCGCAAGGAGGCGUAUGAAAGCCAGGAGGAGAUACGUAAAAUCAUCUCAAGAAGUGUAAGGUAUAUAAGAAGGCUUUGA